AUGGUAGAUAAAACGUUAGCAGACGAGCAAUACUACCACGGAUUACUACCACGUGAAGACAUCAAAAUGAUGUUACGAUCUAAUGGGGAGUUCAUUGUUCGAACAACAGAGCCAGUAGCUGGCCAACCCCGUGCUUUUGUCAUAUCAGUAAUGGCAGCAGAAGAAAAAGAGGAACUUGGGAUUAAACACUAUGUGAUACAACGCACACCAAAUGGAAAGUAUACAAUUGAGAAAUAUGGCUUUGAUAGUGUGCCAGAAAUGGUAAAUUUCCACUUAAAUAGGCAUGAAAGUUUGGUGAAGAAUGGAGAGGUGUACUUGACAUCACCUGUCCCUCGACAACCUUGGGAACUGCACCACGAAGAUGUCGAACCGACUAAGAAGCUUGGAGAAGGAGCGUUUGGCGAAGUACAUCUUGGACGUUUGCGACUUCGAAAUGGUCGCAAAAUUGAUGUUGCCAUUAAAUUGGCAAAACUUGAAUGCCUUACUAAAGAACAGAUCAAAGAGAUUAUGAAAGAAGCUCGUCUUCAUAGAACAUUUGAUCACCCAAAUGUAUGCAAAUGUUAUGGUGUAGCUGCCGGUCAAGAACCGCUUAUGAUUGUCAUGGAAUUGGCUAAUAAAGGUGCAUUAGAUUCUUACUUGCAAAAGAAUCAAGUAUCAGUAGAGCAGAAGAUGGAUAUGUGCUUAGGUGCUUCUUGGGGUCUUGAAUAUCUUCAUUCUAAGCCAGUUCUGCAUCGUGACAUUGCUGCACGCAACUGCCUCUUUGGCGAUAAUAAGGUUAAAAUAAGUGAUUUCGGCUUGACACGAGAAGGGACAGUUUAUCAGAUGGACCCAAGAAAACGUGUGCCAAUAAGAUGGCUUGCACCUGAAACAUUACGAACAGCGAUGUAUACACAAAAGACGGAUGUAUUCAGUUUCGGCAUUAUGUGCUGGGAGAUUUUCUCUAAUGGCCUGGAACCUUAUCCUGGACUUACUGUUGCUGAAGUUAAUAUUCGGGUAAAAGAGGGAUAUCGUAUGCCAUUGCCUGACAAUGUACCUCCUCAAAUGCGCCGUGUAAUAGAAGUGAAAUGUUGGUCAGAUAAUCCUAACGACCGUUGGACAAUGGCCGAAAUUGCUAAAAAUCUGCAACGAAUCACUGGCACUCCACGUCCAAAUUUCGCAGCGGCUAGUUUUGUAGGAAAAAAAUUUGUUUGUUUUUAUAUCAACUGA